AAACAUGGCGAAUGAUCAGGCCAACGAAGAUCCAUUGAAGAAGGUGUUUGUUGGUGGUUUGGACAGGUCCACAUCAGAUGAAGCUUUAAAGACGUAUUUUGAGUCUUACGGAGAAAUGACAGACUGCGUGGUAAUACGCGAUGGAGGCAAGGCUUCUAGAGGAUUCGGCUACGUGACUUUCGCCGAAAGAGAAAGCGUCUUAAAGGUCUUAGGAGAAAAACCCCAUACGAUCGAUGGCAAAACCGUCGAAGUAAAGCGAGCUAUUCCUAGAAAUGAAGACAGCGCAACAGCUCAUCAUAGAACAAAGAAACUCUUUAUUGGUGGAUUGAAAGACGAGACGACCAUGGAAGACAUAAAGCAAGCCGUCGCCGAGUCAGCACGCGGAAUUGCGCCAACCCUUGUGGACCUGAUCAUGAAGAAAGACGAGCCGAAAAAGCAUCGUGGUUUCUGCUUCGUUGAAUUUGAAGACGAGGAUAUAGUGGAUGAACUUUGUUGCCUCAAAAGGAUCACAAUCUCCGGCAAACAAGUUGAAAUCAAGAAAGCUCAACCUAAAGAUGGUCAGGGGGCACGUUCGGGGGGUCGUGGUGGACGCGGAGGGGGUCGUGGAUUUAGCCAUCGUGAUCGCAGUGGUGGUGGAGGUGGACAGUACACAUACAAUAUGUAUGGCGGUCAAGGAUACCAGCAAUACUCUGAUCCUAGUUAUUACAGCGGCUAUGAUGGUUAUGGAUACGACAAUGGUUACGGUAACAUGGGUAACUACCAGCAAGCUCCUUCAAACUUUGGCUCACAGCACGGUGGAUAUGGAAGGGGUGGCGGUCCAAGACAACGGUACACACCAUACUAGAAAAGGUAGGAACACUUUUUUUCUAAUUUUCCCAUGCUUGUGGUUUAUUUUAUGACAUCUUUAGGUGAAUGAAUAAGAUAUUUUUUGAAAGCUAACAGUGAAUAGCACACGGGGGUAUGUUUUAUUAGCAGAAAUAAUGUUAACUACCUACGAGUGUGCACGAGUGGGAUGAAAAAAUUGUUUAAAAGUACUGUUAAAAGUAUUCAUGUGCCCAUAACGCAGGAGCAUUGGAAAGGAAUUCUACAGGUCCUCUUCUUACUUAAGUUUAUUUAUUAAAAAGGUGACACCUUGCCUUGCGUGUCCUUUUAUCACGCAGUCACGGGAAAAAAAGCAUAAAACUUCAGAUAUUGAUAAUUGGGCUAACCGUUGUUGUUCCAGUGAGUCUAAGCUUAUUCUGUUUUGAUACCUAGGUUUCGUUGCAUUUGAAGUCUUAAGUCAACAUAGCCAGACAUAAGUUACAUUAAGUCAGCCAGGACCUAGGCUACCAAGGAUUCCCUGAAGAAUUGCUGUCGCAGUCAAUCUACCACUUAAGAUGCAGUGUAGGCUUCCUCCUAAUCACAGACCUCUUCGUGUAGACAGGACUCGACCAGUUGCAGUAUUUUAUUAGGAGUAGAAUUUUAUUACAAACUUACAUUUUUAGAUUAGUUUACAUGUAUACCCAAACCCUUGGCUGUUAUUAAAGUUGGUUAGGUUAAGAAUAAAGGUCUAAGUGCUAUUCAGGAGUUGUUAGUUUUUUUUUUUUUGCAAAAGACUUGAGGAGCUUGUUUUUAUUUGUUUUUUAUUUAUCUACUUUUGUGUUACAGUCAUGGUUAACCUUUCUCUAGGUUAGCUUUUCAUGGGAUAUUUUCUGGAAAAAAAUCAAACUUCUACAAACGAGUUACAGGAGGUAACAAUGAGAAAUUUUCUACCAAAUGCCCCACUUACAUCUGUGUAUUUUUUGUUUCCAUCUCUGGCUAAAUAAUUUUGCCAAUUUUAUGUUAUUUAACGACUCGCUGCUUUUAAUCCAUUUAUGUCCAGCUUGUUUCUUUCUGGUACUUUUGGGUUGGGUUAGUGUUGCUUGUUGAGGAUAGCACUUUAAUAUAGAGAAAAUGGUGACCAAUCAAGCCCAGAAUUUGGUUGCAAUACCAUGUUUGUACUUCUACACAAGAAACUAUAUUCACUAUGUGUGACCACUUCCAUUAUGGGUGGAAUGUGUCAGGUAUUAAACAAAGGUAGCACAAAGGUGACUAUUGACCACUGCCAACAUAGGAGGGUAGAAGAAUAACUGGUUUUUGCAUUCUAUUUGGACUAAGAUUAACAUUCUGGAGGCCCUGCAAAAAAUCUGAGGAAUAUUGUAAAAGUUAAACAUGAACCACAAUCAUUGUUGAAAACUGUAAAGUAUGGUGAUUUUAAGUUCUUCUUUCACUCACAAUUAUACUGUUGAGCAGACUAUUUUCUUGUAUUAGGUAACAAUGAAAUGUGUUAGAUCUCUUUCCAAAACCAAAAUAGAGUGACACCUUCAAAAGAAGGUGUAAAAUGUAAGUUUCAGAACGCUAAAUUGUUUACCCUUGUUUUCAAAAUCUAAGUGUUUAUGGAUGUUUGAGUGAAUUUCCUUUUCCUAACUGAAAGUACAAUUACAGCACUAUAUCUUAUCAAAAAUGUGUUCACAUAACACCACAAACUAAAGUACAAUACUCACAGAAAUAUUAAUUAACCUGAUCACUACGUACUUUCAGUAGUACAGGAUAUACAAAAAAAUAUAUCACAAUAUAGUACUAUUUCAUUUUAGUACCCGAUGCACAUCAUACAACUAACUCACAAUUUUUUACUAAGUGUCCAGUUGGUAACAAGGAGAAACACCCUUUGUUAGGAUAAAUGAUUUUAGCAAAAUUUACAAUCAACCUUUUUUGCAGAUUUCUUUUGAUUUGGCUUGCUACUUUCUAAUGGUAAACUGCAACAGCAAGUUUAUCACUUUUUCCUGUAAUCAACUUUGUAUGUUUACAUAUCUGUCACUCUGUUGUGUGCCCCGCCUACCAACAAUAUUCAGUUCUCCUCUCAAGCUAGCACCCUUUGGAAAAUAAAUAUUAAGUUGGAAAAGAAUGAAGUUCAGUGCAUUGGACAAUGAUAAUUCCUUAGGGCUUGGGUUGUAAUAUAAAAUUGGAGUGCUACUUGAAGCUGAAUAUAUACAGCAUGAUACAUUGCACUUGUAUUUCAGUAGAAUAUAAAGCUCCCUUAAACCAGUAAAUUGUAAAUUGUGCAAAUUGUAGAAAAUAUUCAUGAUUGACAGGUAUAAGAAAUUAGGUCAUAUUAAAAAAUUUAUUUGAAAGGUGUGUUAUAAAACAUUUACAAGUCGAAAGAGUUUAUUUAAAACUUAUGACCCUAUUUGAAUGAAUGAUUGUUUGAAAAGGCAUCUGAAAUUUGUGAGUUGAAUAACAUGUAAAAAGUAUUUUUUUGAGGUUGUAUUGGUCUUGGUAGCUGUGAAUUGAUAUGUAAUACUUAGCUCUUAGAGGAUGCCAAUCAUUUCUUGAUGCACAUUUCACACCACCAUGGCACAUCAUCCUGAUGGUUUGCAGAAGAUCCAUUGUAAUAUUUUAGUCCACAGUCAAGCCAGUCCCAUGAAGUAUUUUUUUGUGGGGCACACUGCUUGCUUGUGAUGGCAAUCCUUAUAGUGCUCUUCCAAAAUGAAAACUUUUUCUGAGUGCCAACUUCAAAUGUGAUUUCCAAACCCCUUACCCUCUGCCUGCUAUAGCCAAACAGUUUUGGAUGGGGCUUGGCUUUUUUUUGUCUGUGGUAAGGAAACCUGUCCCCAUAACUUCUAGCUUCAGCAGACUCUAUCCCUUGUUUCCCAAGCCACUCAGUUGUACGUAGGUUUUGUAGUUCAUUUCACCCUCUUGAAGGUAAACUUAGUUUAUAAUCAACAUUUACUGUAGCCUUAUCUUCUUUUCCCAUCUUAAAAUUUUGUUUGGUUUGUUUGUAUUAUUUUAAUGUCUGUUUUUUUUCUCUCAACCAGUGUAUCUUGUGGUGCUGUACUUAAUUAUCUGCAUUGUACUGAUGCAGCAACAAGGGGGAAGCAGAGUAUGUUGUGCUUAAAAUAUGAAUGCUACACUAGAAACUGCAAUAGAGUGCAGACAACUCUGAGAGGUAUGAAAUGAUAGCUAUUUAUUCCUAUUACUUAACAAUGCAGUGAAUUUUUAUAUUUAUUACAUAGUGUGUGAUGAUAUGUCUAAUUCAUUAUUUCAACACCACACUGACUUAUCACCAUGACCUAAAUUGGUACAUAUCGUAAACGUCCAUGUAUUAGCUGCACUUUUUUUCACAAAAUUGAAGCCAAAAAUCAAGGGUGCGGCUUAUCCAUGGAUACAUCUGUGUUUGGAGUUCUCAAAAACUUAAUUAAUAUUCAUAAAACUUCUUAAGAUGCCAAGAAAUAAACAUAAAAGAAACUGAAAGCGUGUUGGUGUAGUUCAUUGACUUUUUCAUUAAGUGGUGGCUCCUAAGGGAGCUGUUUGUGUCUUCGAGUGUUUAUCAUCGAAUCUUGCUCUCCAAGAUUCUUUCAAGUGAUUAAUUUUCGCUUUACUCAAACAAUUAAUGUGGGAAGAUGACUCCAAUUCUGAUCCAUUUGCUGGCAUAGAUGAGGACGAGGAUGUGGACUUGCUUUACACCAAUAUUUUCGAACAGUAACAAGCAAGAAAUUGACCCAGAAAGCUAUAAGAAUCUCUUUGGAGAUAGCGGUCGCGAGGACUUUUAUGGUUUUUAAUGAUAAACACUGACUUUCUCAGAUGUUCACAUGAAGAACAGUAGCAUCUUUUAUAAAUAACCUGAAGUAUUAUAAUAUUAAUUAAUGAAAUAGAAACUGAAAUGAUUGCAUCAGUGCACGUGCUUUCUGUUCAUGCCCAGACAAUGGCCAGGUCCUGGCCCAGACUCCUCCCAACAUUUAAAGCUUGGCUACUAAGCACUUGUUUGUUUAUAGUUUCUCGAUGCUGAGGGAAUUUCAACUUUAUGGCAUGUUUCGAAGUGAUAAUCUUGAAAAAUUGGAUCGAAAGAGCAUUUUAAGUUAAAGAUGGUGUAAAUUCCAAUGAAAAAGAAGGUACGACAAAUGAAAUUUCGCUUUCUUUAGACUUGAUAAAUGUGAAAGAUAGCCACAACUUCUAUGUCGGUGUUUCGAAACCUUGAUUGUUUGUAGCAAUACAACUCUACUGAAACUUCAACUGUAUUGUUUUUAUUUUUUCCAAAUUCUGCGCUCCAAAUCGGAGGUGUGGCUUGUCUAUGGAUGCAGCUUAUACAUGGACGUUUACGGUAGUUCAGAAAUUAAAUUCAUCCAGUAUUACCUGCAAUUUUUGUACUAUUUUUCUUCAACAGAAUUCAACUAAGAAGAUUACGAAUUAAACCAGUGUAAAAACCUAGCCAACAAAUGUCUGGGUAGGAGACAGUGAAAAGUGAAAAUGGAGUAGCCUGGGUCCUGGCACAAUGUCCAUCUCUGACAGAGAAUUUUCACUGAUGAAUAUCAUUUACAUUUACCCAUUUAAGCUUUGGGGAAAAUAUAUUAAAUUCAAAAAGAAAGAAACAGCAUGUGUGGUGUUCUUUAUGUCUUCUUACAGAGUGCUCAAUGGCAAGCCCAAUCACCAACCACUUGCCCAUUAAUUUUCAUGCAAUUAAAUUGGCCACUUUAUAUCACAUGCAAAGUGACCAGACAGUUAGCAAGCAAUAACCACUGUCUACAUCAAUAUUUGCCCUCUGGUUAUUUCUGUUGGAAAAGAAGCAAAAGGAACCCCAAGCAUUUCAUCUUUUCAUCUUUAUUACAUGGAAGAAGGACAAACUCAUUUUUUGGUCUAGUGAUAGUGACAUUAAAAAGAUGAUCUCAAAUGCUUCUCCAGAAAGUUCUAAAAAGUCAACAAAAUUUGCUGUCAAGGAGAGUUUUAAAAUUUGAGAGGAG